AUGGUCAGGGAAACAAAAGCAAGGACACUACAUGUCCACUCUGAGAAAAGCCAAGACCACUCCAAUGACGGCGAGGAUGACAACAAACAAAAUGUAUCAUUCCACCCGCACCAUAUCACCCUCAAAACCUUCCGCAACCUACUGUCUCACUACCCUUCAACGGUAGAGCGAGUGCACCGCGGCAAGAUGACGCUAAAGCUGCAGUCUAAAGCGAGCAAGGGAUCAAAGCGCAAGGCGGAGACGAAGACCAGCGCAGCGCCGACGACGAAGGCAGAGCUCGAUCCCUCCGAGGAGAAGCACAUUCUCGAAGAGACGGAUAAGUUCCUCCAGCUUGACCGGUGGCGAUAUGAAGCUCUGCCCAAAAUCAUCGCGGAGCGGGCGAAUGAGAAUGGCCAGAAAGCAAGUGGGCCGGAAGGGGCGCAUUUGCUCAAAGAAGAGUUAAUUGAUAUCAUGGAAUGGAAGACGAAACAUGGAGUCUCCCGCCCCAUGCUCAUGGGAAUGAUCAAAAGCAACCCAGUCGCGACGAUCACCAAGUCUACAUCUACGGCUUUUGCCGCCCUGCCAGAAGUGGAUCCUGUGGUUGCGCCAAACGAAGCGUUCCCUAAAGCCAGUCUGGACGCCCUCACUGCGCCUAUCCGUGGUGUCGGUCCAGCUACUGCGUCUUUGAUUUUAUCUAUUGCUACGGUCUUUGGUGAUGCUAAGAAACAAGUCCCCUUUUACAGCGACGAUGUGUACCUUUGGCUAUGUCUGAUGGAUUUCCCAGAGGGCCCGGGUUCCAAGGAGCAGAAGCCUUCUAAACAUAAGAAGCCCAAUGGGGAGUUGAUUGCCAAGUACAAUAUAAAUGAGUAUCGAGAUCUAUGGAAUGCGUCACAGGAGCUACGGGCACGGCUAAACAGCGGCGCUGGAGAGCAGCCUGGAGAUGGACUUGUAUCUUUUAUCGAUAUUGAGAGGGCUGCUUAUGUGCUUCGCAAUAUCGCUUUCUCAGAUUACUAUGCUAGUCAAGAUCACGAGACUGGUAUAAAUAUUGUGAAAGAUAUGGAGUCGGCGAAUAGCCAGCUACCAAAGGAAUCAAAGAGCGAUUCUGGUGAGCUUGGCACGAGGCGCAGCAAGAGGAUUAAGCAAGAAGCUAAGUGA